AUGGCAAAUGAGGUGAUCCUGUUAAAUUUCUGGCCAAGUCAUUAUGGCAUGAGGGUCCUAAUUGCACUUGAGGAAAAGGGUAUCAAGUAUGAGAACAAAGAAGAGGAUUUUAGCAACAAGAGUCUUUUACUUUUGCAAAUGAACCCAAUUCACAAGAAAAUACCAGUUCUAGUUCAUAAUGAAAAAUCCAUUUGUGAAUCACUAAAUAUAGUUGAAUAUAUUGAUGAGGUUUGGAAUGAUCAUUCUCCUUUGUUUCCUUCUGAUCCUUACCAAAGAAGUCAAGCUAAAUUUUGGGCUAACUACGUUGACACUAAGGUAUAUGAGAUUGGAUCUAGGUAUGCAAAAAGUGUAGGAGAAGAGAAAGAAGCUGCAAAGAAAGAGUUGCUUGAGAGUUUUGAAGUGUUGGAAGAACAGCUGGGAGACAAACCUUAUUUUGGUGGAGACAAGUUUGGUUUUGUGGAUGUGGCACUUGUUCCAUUCUUUUGCAUGUUAUAUACUUACACUUUUGCUGGCAAAUUCAUUGAUGAUGAAAGAUUCCCCAAUUUGACUUCUUGGGCCAAAAGGUGUGCUAAAAAAGAGAGUGUAUCUAAGUCAAUUCCUCAAGAGAGUAAGAUGAAACAGUUUUUAGAAGAGAGAAGUCUCUUAAAUCGUGGAGAUUAG